AUGUAUCGGCAGAUAUUGGUUACCAAACAGGAUGCAGAUUACCAACGAAUCUUGUGGAGAAUUGAUCCAAAUCUUAAAGUCAAAGAUUACAGAUUGCUUCGGGUAACAUUUGGAACUGCUUCAGCUCCGUUCCUUGCUGUAAGAACUCUACAACAAGUUGCAGAAGAUGAAGGCAAAGAUUUCCCUGAAGCAGCUAGAAUGAUUAAGGAAGACUUCUGGAUGGAUGACUUAUUAUCUGGUAACGAUACAGUAAGUGAAGCCAUGGAAUCAGCAAGAAAUGUUAGUGACAUUUUGAAUCGUGGCGGUUUCAAAUUACAAAAAUGGUCUUCUAACAGUAUUGAAUUUAUGAAAAAUAUUUCACCUACAGAAAGAAGUACAUUGAUAAAUGUGGAUAUGAACCUGGGAGGAACUGUUAGAACAUUGGGGUUAUCAUGGAAUAUAGGAGAUGAUGUGCUACAGUAUAAUCUUAAUUUGCCAGAAGUGCCACUUACCAUCACUAAGAGAAGUAUACUUGCUGAGAUACAACGCUUAUUUGAUCCACUUGGUUGGAUAGCACCUGCCUUGUUACCUGGAAAACUAAUAAUACAAAGACUAUGGUUGAAAAGACUUACCUGGGAUGAAGAAGUGGACUCUGAAACUAAAAGAGAUUGGUUAGAGAUGAGAAACAACUUAAAUUAUUUAAAGGAAAUUAAAAUACCACGCUGGUUACUUAUUACUAGUGGUGUCAUAGAAGAUGUGUCAAUACAUGGAUUUUGUGAUGCAUCAACAAUUGCAUAUGGAGCAGUUGCUUACCUGAGAGUCAAAACUUACAAUAAUGAAUAUAAAAGUAUGCUGAUAGCAGCGAGGACUAGAGUCGCACCUGUUAAACCAGUCUCACUGCCCCGUUUGGAACUGUGCGGUGCAGUGUUAUUAUCAAAGCUCUUGAAACACAUCAGUCGUGCUACACGGAUACCAAGGAAACAAAUCUUUGCUUGGACAGAUUCUACCAUAGUACUAUCAUGGCUUACUGGAGACCCGACGAGAUGGCAAACAUUUGUGAGAAAUCGUGUAGUAACAGUGCUUGACAAUAUUGGAAAUGCAUGGUAUCAUGUACAGUCUCAAGACAACCCUGCAGACAUAGCAUCAAGAGGAAUGCUUCUUUCAGAUCUCAAAGAAUUUAGUUUAUGGUGGAACGGCCCUAAAUGGCUCACCCAUGAAGAAAUAUUGAUGUCUCGCGGAGAUAAUAUUUCUACUGACCUAGAGUUGAGAAGAACAAUUAUCAAUACAAACAUAAAAAUAGACAAUAAUCAUAAUGAAGGAAAUUAUAUACACAAUCAAUUUGAAAACUUUAACAACUUGAUGGAACUACAAAGAACUAUUGUGUACUGCAAAAAAUUCUUGAAUUUUAAACGAAGUAGCGAUAACAUUAGUACAAAGUGCUUCAGCCCACUGGAGUUAACAGAGGCUCUUGAAACAUGUGUGCGGUUAGCACAACAUAAUGAUUUUGAACAUGAAAUCCACGAUUUGUUACAAGGGACUGGAGUAAGUAAUAGAAGUGUACUGAAGAAUCUCAAUCCUUAUCUAGACAAGAAAGGUCUUCUCAGAGUAGGCGGUCGAUUACGAAAUGCGGAAAUGGAAAAUGACGCUAAAUAUCCUAUGAUCAUAAGUCAUAAGAACCCCAUUGCAACAUUGAUAGUUAGUGAUGCACACUUGAAGACACUUCAUGGAGGACUCCAACUCACAAUGAAUUUUGUUAGAUCAAGAUUCUGGAUCAUAAGAGUAAAAUCAUUAAUAUCAGCUACAAUACAUAAAUGUUUAAUAUGUGCAAAGCAGAAGGCUAAGGUCCGACACCAACUCAUGGGAGACUUACCUGCAGCACGAGUAACACCCACUCGUCCAUUCCUACACUCAGGAGUAGAUUUUGCAGGCCCACUACAGAUUCUGGUUUCCAGAGGAAGAGGCAUGAAAUGCACUAAGGGAUACAUAUGUAUAUUUAUAUGCAUGUCAACUAAAGCAAUCCACUUGGAACUGGUUGGAGAUUUAAGCACCGAGUCAUUUUUAGGAUGUUUUAGAAGAUUUGUUGCCAGAAGAGGUCGAUGCUCCCACAUUUGGAGUGAUCAAGGUACAAACUUUGUAGGAGCCAGUAAAGAAUUAGCUAAAAUGUGGCAAGAAGCAAAAUUAAGUAUACCUGAAGAUUUAAUAAACAUUUUAGCUGAAGAUGGAACCCAUUGGCACUUUAACCCACCUUAUAGCCCAAAUUUUGGAGGUUUAUGGGAAGCUGGGGUGAAAUCUAUAAAAUAUCACUUAAGAAGAAUUCUUGAUAGAACACUUACCUUUGAAGAGAUGUCCACCACACUGUGCCAGAUUGAAGCCUGCUUAAACUCACGGCCACUAUGUCCAAUAGAUCAUAAUGAUAUUGACAAUUUAAAUGUACUUACUCCUGGACACUUCCUCAUUGGAGAAGCUCCAAUCAAUAUACCUGAACCAGAUCUUAGCCAAGUGAAUGUAAACAGACUGUCUAGAUGGCAACAUACUCAGAGGAUACUUCAAAACUUUUGGCAUAAAUGGAAGACGGAAUAUCUCACACGUUUACAACAAAGACCUAAAUGGUUAACUAUAAAGGAGGAGUUUAAAAUUGGAGAAGUGGUUCUGAUUAAGGAAGAUCACCUUCCUCCAGGCAAAUGGGCCUUAGGUCGCAUAGUUGAUAAAUAUCCUGGCUCUGAUAACAUCUGUAGAGUUUACAGCUUAAAAUGUUGUGGUAAAUUGAUUAAGAGAUCCAUUAGUAGACUGUGUAAAUUGCCAAUUAAUGAAUAA